AGUGUGUGUGAGUAUGUGUGUGUGAUGCAAACCUCCCGCGCCUGUCUGUGCUGCGUCGUCCUCUGGUCGCGCACUCCCGUCCUCCGCGCACUGCGUCAUGGCGACAGUGGUGGAAAAGUUACGCAUUUCCUAAACGGAGUGUGAGGAAUAUCCCUGUGGCUGUCAGCAGACACACAUUAUGGUGGAUUACAGUGUCUCAGAUGCAGCAGGAGCCUCAAAGAGAGGGGGGCCUUUUAAAAUGGAGGAGCUGGCUCUGAGUGCCCUGCUGGAAUGUCCAAUGUGUUGUGAGCCACUGGAUGUGUCAGCCAAGGUCCUGCCCUGCCAGCACACUUUCUGUACGUCCUGCCUGCAGAGACAGGAGGCAGCCCACUCCCUGCUGCGCUGCCCUGAGUGUGGGGCUCCUGCGGCGGCCAGGACAGUGGAGGAGCUCCCUGCAAACCUCCUGCUAGUGCAGCUCCUGGAGGGGCUUCAGGGUUCCCAGGGGCCCAGCAGGGACAUAUACACAUCCCACUACACAGUGCCCAUGGUCAGGGGAGGCUUGGCAGUAAGGGAGAGUCAGCAGCAGCAGGAGGAUCAACACAGAGAGACGCAAGGCCACAGUGAGCUUUCUUUCAGAGCCUUGAUGCGUAACCAACAAAGUGAUUUGUCAGGAGAGCUGUUCCUCACGCCUGCUAACGGUAUCACUCCGAAACACAGAGUGGAUGAGAGCUGGCACCGCGGAAACGGCGGUGACGGUAGCGGAGCGUCUGUCACUGCCAGCGCGCUGCAGGCCGUCAGCCAGAUGCCUCAGCUGCAGUCCCAACCUCCGGCUCUCUGCAGGGCGCUGCACGACUUUAACCCUGAAGAGAGGACUCUGGAAGACAGUAAAUAUUGUCUCAGCUUUCUCAAGGGAGACGUUCUUACUGUCAUCAGGCGUUUGGAUGAACACUGGAUUGAAGCCAAGCUUGGGGAGAAAGUUGGAAUUUGCCCUCUGCAGUUCAUAGAGCCAAACUCAGUGGCUGUCAAACUGCUAGAGGGAAAGAAUCGAAAAGGGAGUGACUCAGCAGAAUUUCAUCAUCGGACUGGGAGUGGGGGCAAAGACAAGGCCACUGACGUAUCUAUUAGGACCACCCACUACGGAGUCCCUCAAAUCCCAACAAAGACACCCAUCAUAAAUGCUUUGCCCCCCAGCCAGAGGAAGCAGCCCGCAGACAGCAGCAUCAACUUUUAUCCGACUACCAAAGGAGAGCCGACCAACAUCAGCACCUACAACGGGCGUCAGGGUCCGCCACACCACCUCUCUGUGUCUCUCAGUGCCCGGGGCCACUCUCAUUCUUCGAGAGUGAGCUCUCAGCGAAUUAGACGGCACUCUGACAGUACACACAGACACCUCUUACAGAGUGAGAAGAAGAUGACCAGUGAGACUCCACCCACCGUCUCCAUGGCUCUGCUGAACCCCCAAAUGUCCUCUGCCUCUGCAGACAGCAAGAACUCCUCCACGCAGCAGCUCUCCAUCAGUGUGUGUGCCGUCCUAUACUCCUACAAACCCCGACGGCCUGAGGAGCUGGAGCUGAGGAAAGGAGAGAUGGUGGGAGUGUACGGAAACUUCAAGGAAGGCUGGCUGCGUGGGUUAUCGCUCAGAACGGGAAAAGUGGGCAUUCUGCCCAGCAACUACAUCACGCCUGUGCUAAGAACCUCAGCCAGACUACUGGAGACCAAAGCAGCUAAUGCGUCUUCUCAGUACAACACACUAACUGGAAAGAAAACCACUGCCAAGAAUCCUGCUGUGGUCCUCGCGCUGGAUAGGGUCAACUCUGAUGGAGCGAUUUACUCAAAAGGACAGGUUCCAUCUGUGCCAAACGGUGCACAGCAUGCAAUGUCAUCCACUGGCGCCGGAAAACCGUCCCUCUAUGGGACUUCGCAAGGUUGGGACACUGUGAGGCGCAUCUUUAACCCUCAUAGAGGCUCACGUCAUUUCUCCCAUAUUUCCAACCUAAACAACCCGUCCAACUCACAGCACUUUGCACAAGUUCAAGCAUCCGGCUACUCACCUGCCCUCCACAGGAAGAAAAACAGCAUUAUCUUCUCCACCCCUGGCAGAGGCCGGGGCUGGAUAACUGAGCCAGCAGCGCCCUCUGCUGCUGCGCUCUUUAAGGACAGAGACUUCACUGCCUCACAUGACAGACAGCCUGCCAAUGGACCCCACUCAAUUCUAGUCAGACCCGACUCAUACAAGAAUAAUACAGACAAGCCGGCAAAGUCAGUGCGGUUUUACACAGAAGAAGACUCCCCGCAUCCCAGACGCAGGACCUCCUCUUGGUCGCCAGGAAAUCAUGUUUCCUCCAACUACAACUCUGGCCCCCCUGCGUUAGAAGUGUGGGCCCCAUCGCUCACGUUGGGAAGAGACGGACCAGGGAUCAUUCUCAAAGAAGGAAAAGCUCCUAUUCUCAGGAAAGGCCUGGAAAACAUCACCUCAGAUCUAAACUCUAACCUGCAUAAACCUAUAAUGUCCCACCCGUCGCUAUCAGCCGUGUCAGCUCAGUUCAGCCCCAGCAGACACAGAGUGACCACAACGCAUUUAGCCCAGACUGACUCAGAACUAAGUCUGCUUCAAGGAGAGAUGGUCCUCGUCCACAGACCUCGACCUGAUGGACGAGUUCUGGUUACUCAGGAGGGCAGCGGGCAGACGGGCCUCUUCCACAGUGUUAUUCUUCAAGCCCUUGAGAGACUCAGUUGACUGUAGUACUACCGUUGUGUAUAUUUCUAUAUGCCAUGUGUUCAAACUGCCAACAUACUUGACUUACCUGCUGAACAACAACAUGCGUGUUAAAAGAUUAAUGCUGCCAUUGACAAUCCUUUCAAAAAGGUGUUUAUUUUGGUCCUGAGUGCAUAUGAGUGUGGUUAAAUUCUCCAGACAUAUAUUCUGUGUUCUUCAAUGUAUGUGCAUGUUUGUUACACAUGUACUAUUUAACAUUUGCACAAAAUCCCACCUACUGACUGUUCCUUGUUUAAUACCCAUGUUACACGCAUUGGUGAGUGCCUUUGUCAAAACCCACAAAGAAACAAACUAUAUUUUAAAAGAUUAUAUUUAGAGAACUAUGAAGUAAAAUAAAAAGUACGUACCGCUUAUAUGGAAAUAAACUAUACUUCCAAGUUGA